CGCUCUUUAGAUACACGUGUGUAUUGUAUUGCAUGUGUGUGUGUGUGUGUUCACCCUCUUAAGAUAUGUGCUCUUAAGACACACAAGAGUAUCGUAUAUGUGUGUGUAUUGCCUAUGCAAGUCUGUGCAUGUGUGAUAUUGCAUAAAAAAUUACUAGGUAAUCAGCUGACAUUAAAGUUCCCAGCAUGCCUGCACCUGCCUGCACCUGCCUGUGCUCAGACGAACAUACACACACACACACACACACACACUUUAUAGAUGGGAAUCCUGUCAGACAGCGAAGAACACAACAACAACUGAAUGCAUCAGGUUGGUUUCACUCUACUGCCUGGCUCAUGAAUGGUCCACAGUUCAAAGGUGUGGAAUUACAACAAGAACAAUCUUAUCUUUGAACCUGCUUGGCGGAGGGAUUUCUCCUCACCUCACCCACCUCGGCUCGUACUUUCACUUCCUGGAGAUUGUAGCGUGUGGGAUAGUUAGUGCUCGUAGCCAAGCUCUUCGUGUGAACCCCUGGAGCCCUGAACAUGGCCCUAACUUCUGGAUAUCAGUGUCUGAAAUAUCUCAUGUUUGCCUUCAACACCUUGUUCUGGCUUGCAGGAACGGCUGUCCUGGGCGUCGGGCUGUGGCUGAGGUUUGACUCCAAAACAAAAGGCUUGUUUGAAGGAGCCGACUCUCCGUACCUCUUCUACACUGGUGUUUACAUCCUGAUAGGAGCUGGAGCUCUGAUGAUGGUGGUGGGUUUCCUGGGUUGUUGUGGAGCCAUUCAGGAGUCUCCCUUCAUGCUGGGACUGUUCUUCUUCUUCCUGCUCAUCUUAUUUGCCGUAGAGGUGGCAGCAGGAAUCUGGGGGUUCUCUAACCAAAGCAAGAUAGUGAACGACAUAACCUCGUUUUACAUGGAAACAUACGACAACUACAGCAAAGGAGACGAGCGCCUCAAAGAGACACUGCUGGUGAUUCAAACCGGGUUGAGUUGCUGUGGCCCAACUGGAACAGUCCCAGAGUCUGCCAAAGAGACAUGCCCCCCAGGAGAUUUGUUUGAUGAAUUAAUAGCUAAGAGCUGCCUGGAUGCCAUCGACGAGGUGUUUGACUCCAAGCUGCACAUCAUAGGAGGCGUGGGCAUCUCCAUAGGCAUCGUCAUGAUGUUUGGGAUGAUCUUCAGCAUGCUCCUCUGCUGCGCCAUCAGGAAGUCCCGGGAGGUGGUGUGAUGAGAACCCCCCAACCCCCCCACCCCGACAACCCAAUGUGAUCACGACUGCCCCCCCCACCCCCUUCCACCAAGUCCCCGUUAAUGUUGCAUGAUGUCAUCUUUAGGGUCCCAGGACUGCCACUGCCAAUAGGUAGGCUGACGGUUCCGACCUCGCCCAUAUUGAUGUGUCACGUGGCUGUGACCGUGGGGUGGAAAGGGUUAAUGGUUGAUCAAUCAAUCAAUUCAUUGGAGCUGUAUAUUGCCAAAAUGCUCUGACUUACCUUCCUGGACUUGGUACAAUGUGGUUGGUCCAAAUAUAUAUGACGGACAUCAUCCGUGAGAAAUGUGGUACAGAAAUAACACGUCAUUUGUGGUUACUUGAUGAAAAAUUGUUUUGUGUAACGUUAAUAAUCAAAACAAAGCGACAUACAGUCGUAUUGUUUUCUAAACAUAUUUAUAUUUACAUUUUAUUGUGGCUCACCCAUGAGCAAGGAGAAUCAAGGCCCAAGGCCAAAAAUAAAACAGUCAUAACAAAUAUAUAUUUUUGUUAACUCCGCUAUUGACCACCAUUUCAUAAUGUUAGACCCAAUAUACUUUUUUUUUACUCAACUAUAUACAUCCCGUCUUGAUAAUGUCCGGUUGUGAACCGAUAACAGUAGUUUCUUUCCUCUGGAAUAUUAUUAAGUGUCUUGUUUAGGAAUACUUACCUCCUUACAAUUUUCCUUACAGCUUAACACUCCAUCAUCAUAUUCUCCUCACAAUGGAUCGCCUUUAAGUCUCUGACUCAUUUUGUUUGUUCUUUUUCUUUUAUUUGUGAUAGAUUUGUAAAGAUGUUUAAGGUACCUGCAGUUUGUGGAACACAUGCUUGAUCUUUUAUAAUGUCCUUCGCAUCUCAAAGUGAUGCACUGAUUCAUGCUGUAUGCACUGUAUGAACUGUUUGCGUGUGUGUGAGUGUGUGUGUGUAUGUGUGUGUGACAGAGAACCGGUGUGAAAAAGCCAAAUAAACGAAAUCCACCUUCUUCAUCUAUAUGUGUGCUGAAUCUACCUUCUGACCUGAAACUGAAGCAAGUCAACUCUAUCCUCCAGUUUCUUGGAUAGAACUUACACUUUGAUAAUAUCGAGGAUUUAUUUAUGCGUUCAGAGUAAAGGUUGCGUUCCAAGUUUGAAAACAUUUUGAGGAACUUCUCAUAUAAACAGGAAAGUAACCUGCUGGCGUCUCCUGGGUCUGAAUCUCCUUUCUCUGUUUACUCUUAUCUUUCUGACUCACUCCAUCAGUUUGUUCCAAAUUAAGAACAAAAGAAAAUUCACAACACUCACAUCCAUCAAAGCACACACAUGGAAUAUUAGUUAAAGUCUCCUAAUGAAGCCCUUGCACGUCUUUGGUUGUGCGUGUCUAGUUGUGCGUGUCUGAUCAAACUGGCUUCUGAGGAAAAAUGACUCAGAAUUCCCUUCAAGAAAAUCUUCAGUGAUUGGUUAAAGGCUCCUCUGAUCACUGAAAGGAAAUGCUGAUUGGGUUGAUGACAGUUGGGCAUUGUCCUGGUUCGACUCAGUAGCCCUCCUAAAAAUGUUGAUAACACUGAUUAUACAGGUCCACUAUAUAUUUUUGUGUCGGAGUGGUUAUGCUGUUGAUACAAUAGCUUGUCAGCUCUCCAAGGGAAGAAGGUAGGAGGCAGAGAUAAGAGAAAGGAAUGUUCACAUGACCUAGGGGUCUGCCGUGAACAGAAACACACAGGCCAAGAUCAACACACACACACACGCCUGUUCUGUACCCAACGGCGAUAAGAUGC